AUUUAUCGUCAUCACCAAAACAUUAGCUCUCCACAGCUCGAAUUACUGAACAGUUGAAGAAGGCAAAAAUGGCAGCCAUGGCUGCGUUGCAAAGCUCAAUGAAUGGUCUUUCUCUGUCCUCUAACCCCUUCUUUGGCCAACGUCUCUCUAUUCCUCCUCCUCUCUCCCCUCUUCAUAUCAAGCCAAGAGAGAAUCCAUGUCUCAUUGUAGUGAAGCUUAAACGAUGGGAACGGAAGGAAUGUAAACCGAACAGCCUUCCGGUUUUGCAUAAAAUGCAUGUUAAGGUCGGAGAUACAAUUAAAGUGAUUUCAGGCCGUGAUAAGGGCAAGAUUGGAGAGAUAAGCAAGAUCUUUAAGCAUAACAGCACCAUUGUAGUGAAAGAUAUAAACCUGAAGACUAAGCAUAUGAAGAGCAGAGAAGAGGGUCAACCGGGACAGAUAAUCAAGAUCGAAGCACCGAUUCACAGCUCAAACGUGAUGCUCUAUUCGAAAGAGAAAGAAGUGACUAGCCGGGUGGGUCAUAAAGUGUUGGAUGACGGGGAAAAAGUCCGGUACCUCGUAAAGACCGGAGAAAUCAUCGACAGUGACGAAAACUGGAAGAAACUGAAGGAAGCUGCCAAAGAGAAAACUGAAGUAGCUGCUGCUGCUCCUGCUGCUGAUUCUACUGCUGCCUCCUAGAACCAAUAAUGUCAUAAUUUUGAAAACUAUUGUGGCUUCUGGAAUUCUAGAUGCAUUUAUCUGUAGUCUUCCAUGUUUAUGCUUCAAUUACUUUGAAAUAUAUUUGAAAGAUUGCCAAUUCUUUUU